AUGCCGGAUCGGAUUCGCAUCAACGGAGCGUCUCUACAAAAACUACUAGAGAAAGUUCUGGAAUUGGAGCUCUAUAAGAAGAACUCGCCGAUUGUCUUGCUCAAACUAUAUAAAAUUCUUGUACAGCACGAAGAGACAAUCCGUGAUGUCCACGCUCACUUGCGAAGGAAAUUUGGUGCGAUUCCCAUCGGAGAACCGUCUCCGACCUCGGAUUCGAGCCAGAAUACCAGCAGCUCUCACCAGUGGGACCAAGGCGGAAGCUCUCGAAACGAUGACGAAGAGAGACUGUUGGAAGAAUACGGCUCAGAGCAAGCCUAUAAAGAAUUGUGUUGUUUGAUCGACUUUAUGGACCACGAACUGGCUCCUCUCAAGGCACUGAAUAAGGGCUCUGUCGAGAGAAUCUACUACUCAGACCUCUGGCAUAUUUUCAAACCAGGACAAGUAGUGGUAACCAGACAAGAGCCAGUUCAUGCCUACUGGGUGCUUCGUGCCACUGCCGGUCGCCCAUAUUUGUCUCCCCCGCAGUUGGAAGACGGUGAUUCCGGGGUUGGGUACAAGGCCGAUGUCUUCCUGAGCCAGAGAGAGAACAAUGUGAAGCACAACAGCCUGGUUGCGGUCUUCCUCCGCGUUCUCGAGUAUUACCAGCGCAUCCUCUUUCUCACCACGAAUCGCGUCGGCAAGAUUGACGAAGCCUUCCGUUCCCGCGUCCACAUCAGCCUCUACUACCCCCCGCUUGACAAGCGAUCCACGCAGAAGAUCUUCGCCGAGAACAUGAACCUAGUCGAGAAGCGUGACAAGAACGUGAUCCGAGUCAACCGGGACGAGAUCCGCGACUUCGCCCGGGAGUGGAAGCGGCCUCGGCGCGGUUCGACGACUACCUGCACACCGUCCACGGCAUAGGUCAGCAGGAUUUGGCGAAGCAGGGCACAGCCCGCAGGGAUGAUUGGGAGGAAAGCCGCGACCGCCGGGACAGUCUGAAGUAUCAGCCCAGUCGCGCUGCCGACUCCCGCCGGCGAAAGGUAGAACAAUCCUCGGAGACUUCGAUGACAGAAUUCAGCGAGGCAGAGACCCAUCAGCAUACUUCGUCGGAAGCCGGAAAGCGAUGAUGGCUCAGAGGGCGAGUGGGAGCGAAAAGAGGCAGAGGGGCCUUCCAGCUCAGAUGAAGAACCCUCAUUGCGGGAGUCGCGGAAGCGUGCAGAUCGGAAGAAAGGUCCGCAGACUAAAGACCGUAAGCAUGGCUCAGGGGAGACCCGAAAGGAUAGUACACGAUCCUCGAGAAAGAAUAAAAACGGUCGUUAGAGGGCUGCUGUGGUGGUUAUUAGGUAAUUUCUGGAACUGAGUAAGAAGGAAUGAAUAUUUAGUGCUG